GUUCAGCGCAGUUCGUUUCUGCUAGUUGUGCUUGCCGGAUGUGAGUGAAAACUUUUGGCAAACGUCGUGGUGGAAAGCAUGUUUUGCUACCCUCUGCCACGCACGCACCCGCGUUUACCCCAGGAGUAACGUUAUCCUUCGUUGGAAGCAUUCGGUAAAAAGUGAGACGUUUUAAAAUGAGGGGGUGGUAGUCGUUUGCUGUAGAACUGUUUUGACGCAUGCACACAUACCAUCGAUAUCGGAAUUUGCGGCGAUAUUUUUUUUGGAUAUGUAGCAUCAAAACAAACUGCAAAACAACAAAGCUGCGGGAGUGUGGAACACGCGAGGGAAAUCCUUUGGUGACGUCGGGAGCUCGUACUUGUGUUUGUAUAGGUUGCGUUUGGCAUCCAGUGCGAAGUAAAAGAGGAAAAUCGUUCCUUUUUCUUCUUGUGCCAUUUUCCUCCGUUGAUCGUUUUUCAUUGUGUGUCAGUUCCAGAGUGCCAGCGAACGAAUUGUUGUAUAAUCAGUUCGACGGUCGCAAUCGAAUGUGUUUGGAGUUGGUUUUUGAUUCGGUGCAAUCGAAUGGAAAUUCUGCGCUAACCAGAAAUUGACGGCAAUACCGUCGCAGAAAGAAUCAAGUUUGUGCUUCAACGUGAAAAUCCUCAGGUGGCGUAAAAUGUGAAGGUGUGGUUUUAUUUUCGCAAAUUAAAUAUUCGUUCGAAGCGAGCAGACAAGCAUACCAGCAACAGCCAAAGGCAAACCGACCCGACCUGAUCGGUGAAAGGUUUUUUUUUGGCGAGAGCGAGGAGGAAGCUCUCAAUUCAUCCCCCAUACGCUGUUUGGCUGGCUUCGUGCGUGGAAAUCCCAGCAAACUCUGGAAACAAUAUUAUGGAAUUAUGUUUGCCGAACGGAGUCUCCUGAGCUGUUUAUAUAAUAGCCUGAUUUUCAUGCAGCUGUUCCACAUGACGCGAUCGUUCGGAGUGAUUUACGACGAAUACGUCGUGGAUCAGGGUAAAAAUCUUACCCUUCAGUGUAAGUCACCGUACCCGGUGAGGUGGGUGCACGGUGGACGCCGCGACGAUUUUCAGCAAUUCCAGAGCGAUGGUUCCCUGCAACUGACCAACCUGACCACCAGCGAUGGUGGACUGUACACAUGUUCGCAGAUGGUACCGCAUCUUACGGCUGAUCAGCAAGGUGGCAGCGGAGAACUCGAAAACGACACCAGUGUCAGGGGUGUACUCGAUGCGAACUCUCGGAAUGACAGCUACAACACAAGUGUCGAAAAUGACGACCCUGAGAAGGAUGACGGAUCGUCAGCGUCGGAGCAACUGGACAGCGCACCCGACCAGUACGUGGAGAUCCGACGGGUGAAUGUCAAGGUUCGGACACCUCCGCUGGCAGUGUCUAAUUUUUUUGUACGUGCCUCCACAAUCAUAGCCGUACUGGUAUGGGAAGUGAUGCCAAACCGAACCGGUGGUUACGCGAUCCGUGAUUUUACUUCAGAAAUGCGCAGACUUCGCAUGACCGACGAAGAUCCGGAGGAACCGUGGGAAACUAUUGAUCCGCGGCACAUUAGUCCGAAUGCGCGACAGUUGGAGAUUUACCAUCUCAUCCCGAACACGACGUACGAGUUCAGGAUUUGGGCUAACAAUGCACUCGGAUCUGGUGAUAUCAUGACGAUUACCGCCACCACGACCCCCGAUAUGGGAGAAAAAGAUCUGAUACGGCGGAUAAUGAUCGAUGCGCAGAACUUCGACACUCGUGUCUGGAUCGCAGCAGUCGGCGUUGUCAUGGGGACACUUGUCAUCCUGUCGCUCGGCACUUGCAUCGUGCUCUACAAGGAAUGUCGGGAGCCAAUCGGUACUGAAAAAGAGGAAGAACUCGACAGUCUGGAGUUGGUGCCGAACAUAAUACUGAAUCCGGGUUUCUGUGACUCGGACGAUCAGGGACAAAAUCCGCUGUCACCUCCGAUACCACGGACGCUUGCCUUCCAGCCGGUCGGUAACCAUGUAAAUUCGCACAACCAGCCUGGUAACAGUUACCACCACAACCGUCACUACUCAUCGCCUUACGGUGGCGGUAGUCGGUAUCACUACAACGAUUACGACGACGACGAUUCCGAGGACGAACCGAUGACCUUCAGCCGUCGGAUGUCGAUCUUUUUCACCGGAAAUACGAUCAAGCGAAUUUGAGUGAAGGUAUUCCCGGAGGACUCCGCUAGAUACUUCUAGAUCGAUCGAUCGAUCGUCGCUUUGUGUGCAAGCCACAAUAUGGCCGCUAUUUUAUCAUCACUAUAUUAAACACACACACACAGACACAUGCUGCUUUAUCCAAAGUGGGCACACAUAUACAUAUUAACAAGGAAGCGGUUGCUUUGGCUACGCUUCUCUCAAUUGGCAACAUUCACAACCCAGGUGCACUUGGCUAGUUGCAACGGCAUGCGACACCACACGGCACUACUUCCAAACAACUAUUCCAAGCUUAUGUGAAGAACUCUAAUAUCGUAAUUCGAUCGCUAAUAAAAUAUGUGAAAUGAAAUGUGAUAAAUCGGACUAGGGUUUAUAGGGAUGAUAAAUCGAUUGGUACAGUAAAAUUAAAAAAAAAAAGAAAACAAAUUUCGCGAACAUUAGAGCUGACUAAAGCCUACACGCAAAUGUUGAGAACCGUAGCUUUUGUAAGAAACACGAAACGAAUAAUGAAAUGUAAAUUCGGUAAAAACAAUCGCAGUUGUUAUAUAGAGCAUGAAUGAACUUAAUUGUCACGGAAAAGAAAAAAAAAACUGCUUGUUCAUCAUUCCAAAGCGAAUGUUCAUCAUGAAGACUGUAGUGUUUAGCUGGCGAAAAGGAACCGGACAUUCCUCGUGAGUGAGAUUACAGAAUUGGUCAAGCGUAGAAUAGGAUCCAGAAGUUAAACUAGUUUGUAAUAAGUCCAUUAAACUUUAAUUUAAUUUUGCUUUGUGUGGAAAUAUUUUAAUUUUGCUUUGUGUGGAAAUAUCGAUAACAAAAUUUUUGUGUAAUCAGACUAAUCCUGAAAUUCGAGAUACUGCCAUUGGCACAAGCAAUUCUCGGUCAUAAUUAUUAUGGCUUUCAGCGAAAACCAUGUGUUUUCGAUUUUUUGUCAUUCUAUUGCUUCCAUGUCAGUUCUAAACAUCUAAUUUACCAAGCAGUUAAUCAAGCGAAGUUCAACUGUAAAGAGAAGUGGAAAGGAGCAAAUCGCAUUAAGUGAUUAGGAAAGGAUGCGAACCCAGUCAACAGUUCUAAUUUUAAUUACGGUCGUGUUGAAUGAGGAGAUUUUUCUUUUUUUUUUUUGCCGCCUGAGAGGCAUGAUCGGUACACGCACUUUGAACCAAGCGAAUUUGAAUUUGAGAUAGGAUAAUUGUUUUCAAUCUGGCUGUUCAUUAAUGGGAUUCGACCAUCGGUGGCGAGGGAUUGUGAGGGUUGCAAAACAAAAAUUAAAUGAAAAACAGAUUUAAAUUCAUUUAAUUCUGUUAACAGCCCAAAGCAAGCCUUGCUUUGACGUUCAGUUGCGUAGUGCACAACACAUCGUAGUAGGUCGUGGUAAAAAAAAUUAGAGGGUUGUAUUCAAGACACGACCGAGCACAAUAACAUUAAAAAUGGAACGUUUCUAGGGUCUUCAUAAUAAAUACAAAAAUAAAGAUGAUAAUGAUGACGAUACACUAAACUAAAAACUUUUUCAAUUGACUAAUUACAAACUUGCUCUAGUUUAAGCGCUUAGAUUGUUGGCGAAUGAUAAAAUUUACAAUUAGAUUCUUUCUUGAUAAUAAAUUCUAUUCAAUUUUGAUCCCUUUCCACAAUUUUUUACAUUGUUAAGAUUUUGAAUAACGUCCUUUAACUAGAAUUCUACUAGAACUAGAAAGCUCAAUUUUAGAUACAAACAACCUAAAGAUUUAAACCUGAACAAAUGAAACUGAUUUAUUUUAUGAUAAUAAUCUUCGAGAAACGUACAAACUCAUUAAUUUUAUUUAUUUUAGCGAAAAAUGUUGUACCAGUAAACUCAGUAAUAGUGUAUUUUAUUAAUCAUUUUUCAAAAUCGUCGAUAAUCUUCGGAAAGUGUCGGUAAAUAAUAUGGCAACAAUACGAGGAAGAAAACUUGUGAAACAGUCCGCAUAAAAUAUUUAGUUACUUACAUUAAUUUUCGCUUUGGCAUAUUAGGAAUAUACGGAAUGGAUACGCAACAAAAUUCAGAAAUUUUGUUCAUAUUGUAACUUGAUGUUAUUAACACAUGAAUGAACAUUGUCAUAGUUACAACGCGUGUAGCCAUCAGACGCUUAUUGUUUUGAAGCUAAUAAUGAUUAAACUGAAACUGGCGGUUAACCAAAUUCUACGAGGGUUGCUAUUCAAACGAUACAUGUAAAAUCGCAGGUAAACUUACCUUUAGUUUAUCUUUGAUACUAUAUGAUAUUGCAUCUAAUUAUACUGUAUAUGUGAGCCUGUGGAACUCAUUUAUACUACCAAACCGAGGAGGCCGCUUUUAGAUGUUUCAGAAUUUAAUUUUGAAUCUUUUGAAGCGUUUAAUUCCUGGCGGGACAACAACUUGUUCAGUCACAUAUAAUGAAGAAGAAGUAUCUAUGAUUAUCAUCAUAACACAACUUUAUACUGAAUCCAUUUUCGCGCCACCGUUUUGUUCGUAUGGGAAUGGAGAUUUAAGUAUGCAAACCGAUCCGUUGACAAAUUAAAACAUUUAUAAGCUUACAAUAUUGAAGCUUUGGAAUCAUUUAAAUGAGGAAAAUCCAUUAACAAAUCAUCGAGGAACAAGCGCUGCAAAUUAUAUCCGAAAAAUCUAUCACCGAUAAUUCUAAACUGGUCUGAUAGUUACCAGAAAACCAAAAUAAAAUACUCAAUUCAAACCAAUUUUUCAAUGGUAUGCAAUUGAAAUAUUCAAAUGACGUUAUCUCAUAAGUUUAAGUUAAAUGUUUCCGAAUCGAUUGGUUGUUGAAUUAUAUAAAUCCAUCAACAAAUUACUGAGGUAUGAGCAUUCAAAAUUAUGACAGAAAAAUGUUACGCGAUUAGUUUUGCAAGUUUUAAAUUGACACCCAGCCUCGGGAAGCGAAGUGUAAGGCAUUUUUAAUGGCAAAAUCUACCAACAAUUUGCUAAAUACAUGGGAUAUUUUAAAAGAACCGAUAACCACGCUGAUUCGGUUCUUCAAUAGCUAGAUGAUAUAUAAGAUAUUCAAGCGAACACGAAGCGGUGUUGUGCAGACAACAGAAAAUUACACCAGCACAUAAUGCAAAAGCGACAAUCCAGCAAGUGAACGUAUAUACAAUCCAGUCAUCAGCUCACUGGACGAGCUACUUGUUUCAUUCACAGUCAAACAUCAACUAGGCAAAGAAAUAUUGUGCAGCCUAUAUUUAUAGAUUUCCCUUCAUACUACGCAUAACGAUACGGUGUUUUUUAUGCAUGACGCAAAGCCUCCUAUGCCGAACAAAAAGUUGACGUCAUUUUGUAAAACAGGGAUUGGUGGAUGAAAACAUAGGUCACUUCUAAUCAAUUUUUCAAUAGUAUGCUAUUGAAAUACUGAAACUACGUCGUCAUACAUGUUUAAGUCAAAAGUUUCCGAAUCGAUUGGUUGUUAAAUUAUAACAAUCCAUUAACAAAUGACCGAGUUAUUAACGUUCAAAAUUAUGACACAAAAAGGUUACGCGACUAUUUUUGAAACUUUUAAUUGACACCCGGCCCCAUAUAGUGAAGAGUAAGGCAUUUUUAAUGCCAAAAACAUGUUUUCCAAAUGACAUUUUUUUUGCGAUUGAAAAUGUCAGUGUUGCACGAUCUAUUGUGUAAGAAACUGAGACGAUUAAGCUUCCGAAUAAAGAUAAUCGCUCGUAUUAGUUGUGUGAAUUUUUCAACUUUUACUUCUGCAUCUGUUCAAAAGUAUGCAUUAUACAACAAUAACACGGAACAAAUGAGAGAAAAAGCAAGCAACAAACAAUGCAAUGGUAGUUUUUAUGUGGAGUCGAAUGCUCAGUAGAGGAAAACUUCGUAUAAUCCGUUUGGAAUAUUUUGAAGGUUCUGAAAAGAACCGAUUUGCGGAGUUUAUCCGAAGUUUAUCCGAAGUUUACAACUUCUGAGUAUUUAUUUAUCUGCAUCAGAAUCAAUAUUCUAGACCAGGAUUCAGGAAUUGAAACUGAGUUCAAUUUGGAACAGGCUCAAAAUUCUCUUACAAAUUUCUGGUUCGGAAUUCAGUUGAACUGAGCUAAACUCAUUUUAAGAAUCCUGAAGUUCUGGAAUUGAGUUCUGAACUUUGAAAACCUGAUUGAAAGAACUAAAUUCAGUUCCAAAAUCUAUUUCCAGAAUCCGAAUCCAACUCCAGCAUGCAGGUUCUGAAUUAUGGAUUUAAAUUACGAAACUGAAUUCAGCAAUCAAUUGUAAAAUCAGGGAAAAUUUGCAAAAUCUGGCAAUAGAUCUGGUUCGUUAGAGUGUCUGGCGAAGUGAGAAAAAUCUAGCAUUUUCCAGAUAAAUCUGGCAACCUGGCAACGCUGGUUGUGCGCCUGACUCCCUCGAAACCGUCGUCAUGGGUACGAGAAAGGUAAGCAAGCAAGAUGGGUUUUCCUCAUUGUUUUCAAAAGUUUGAGAAAACUAGUUUUGAGUUAUUUAUGGUUAUCUACCACUGUUGAAAAUUUAAUUAUAAAUUGAUGACCAUAUUUCCGAUUAUAUGGAUAAAAAAUUACGUUGCAGUGUUCAAUGGAACUCGAGAUAUUCUACCCAUAAUAAUAAUUGUAGUUUUACUAAAACCAGAGAAAAAAUCGUAGGUCUGGUAGGUCGAGUUAAACAUAACAAAAAUGUUUAUGAAUGGGUCUCAUUAACAGAGUUGCCAUGUUAUUUUUUCAAAAAUGUGUCGCUGACCUAAAAAUUUAUCUGGAUUUGUCUGGGUCCACAAUAUACAAGGUAAUUUUGACUGGCGAGCUAAAAAAUCUCACCACCUCUCGUAUCGAGGCCAAAACCGUAAAGAUCUGGUAAACUGACAAAAUCCAGGACAAUCUGGGAAAAUUUCUACAAUCUGGCAAAAGAUCUGGUUAGUUUGAGUGUCUGGUGAAGCGAGAUAAAUCUGGCAACCUGGCAACGCUGAGUGUAUCCAUCAGUUUUGCUUAAAAUCAAUGAGAAAAAAGCAUAAAGCAUGUGUAAAUUAUUUCACGAUUCUUUAAAAUAUCACUAUUUGGUAUCAACACUCUCCACUGAUGGUGAACGAAGAUGAAUAAGACGAUUGCAAGCAAGCAGAGUGGAAUCUCUUUUGACAGCUAAAUUGGAAUCAGAUCUUCGCAGGUCUCUGAUUAUAGGAUCACUAUUUUGAAUCAUAGACAAACACUGCGUUUACUGGGAUUUGUCGCCUACGUCAAAAUUUAUAUCUCUAUGACCACUUUCGCCCCGGUCUUCCAUAUGUAUGAAUUUAGGGAAGAACGGGUCUUCAAUUAGUUCUAUACAGCCGUUAAGUUUUAUGGUCCAGAUUUACAUAAUCCCUUUUUAUUUUGGGAUCAGACAAAAUGUGGAGCGAUUUAUCUUUUUGAGUUUGUUUUUGUUUGAAUUCGGAAAAUGUAUACUUCUAGUUUAAGGCGAUGAACUGUUGACGAAUUAGGUUCUAGAUGUUCCAUGUGCCGUAAAAUUUGCUAUUCGAAUAGUUGACCAUCGGCGUAGGACGGAAGCAGUCGACCGCAAAGAAUGACAAGCAUAACAAUGCCUUCUGCGAAAAUCUAUGAAAAAAACUAAAUAAUCGAGUGAGCAAAUAGCCAAUACAAAAUAUUAUUCGCAACUUUUUAUAUUAAAAAGGGGCAUCGCAGAUUUAGAUGAUAAAUAGUGUUUAAGGGCUGAAUUAAUAAAUAAAUAUUAAAACUUGAAUUGUUACCGAAUAUUGAUAAGAUUCAAAAAUAACUAUAUAACAACAAACGUUGAUCUUUGUAUGUGUAAACCUGCCUGUUUCGCUGACAAGACUAAUUCCGAAAUCAAAAUAAAAAAAGAAAAACUAGGUGAAAUGCGUUUUAUCAGUUUAAUUCAGCAAUUGCUAAAAAUCCGAGCCUCUCAAACGUUUUCAAUUAUGAUUAUCAUAAAUUAAAACACUCUGGCUAAACUCUAAGUUCCGACCAUGGUAUUAGUAAUUCCCAUAAAGUGACAACCAACUGAAAUAAAAGCCUACCGAUUUAUAAAGAAAUCAAGUCAAAAGAAAAUAGAGCAGUUCUAUAAACAUUGGAUGAUUACGUAAACUAACUAUCAUUCUAAGCAGAAACAUAACAUUUCAUAUCAAACACUACAGUAAAUCGAGGAAUAUGGAACAACUCACAGAACAGAACAGAACAGUACAGUGUACAGAUGAUUAGGUGCGAGGAAGAAAAUAACGAAGAAAGAUGCGAUAUUUAUAUUUACGCUUUGUCAGUUUGUCCCUCACGAAUCAUUCGAUUUCUGAUGGAACUAUUGCCUGCAGAAAUCGCUAGGUAGGCAACGUAACUACACAGUCUUGAAAUCUAUCCAGCAAAUAAUACAACCAUAAAUCGCCUAUGAUUGUAAGUAGCUAACUAUACCUAUUGACAUAAGAAAAAGAAAAAAAACUAUGCUAAUGCGAGGUUUAGAUAUAUGUCGUGGUCGUACUUCUACAAACAAGUGCAUAUUAGAAGAAGAAAAAGCUCUGCUUUGUUCUGAAAAAGUCAGAUCGAUUCAUAGAAACAAGAGAUCUAGAGAUAUUCAAGAUUUCAACUAAGCAACCAUGUUUAUGACUUGUCAGAAAUGUCAGACAAACAUUCUUCAGUUUUCAUUUUUAAUCCGUCCAAAUUAAAAAUCGUUGCUUUUUAUUUAACACAUUUUUCGCUAUUUUUUUAAACUUAGAUCGUGCCCAUUUAAUUUUAUACGUCACUAUUUUCCGUACUUUUCAGUAGAGUGAUACAAAAUAGUCUGUCGGAUCCGAUUGAAACCGCAGCUUUGAUUCUGUAUCUGAUCAUAGUUGAAAGAUCACAGUAAUUUCCAACCCAACAAUUGCGUUACGACUAAGUUAAACCGAAGAUAAACUCAAGAUGGAAUGGUUUAUGAUUUUUCAUGUACCGUUUAGUUGAACCGAAACGCUAUGAUAUGUUCAAUAAAAUACCGUGCGAUGGCGUUGCUGAGCUGAAGACUGAUUUCUCUCUGAGCUGACACACGAUUUAGAAUGAACACUGGCCCUAUCUCGCCGGUGUUGGCUGUGUUUGCAAUUUUCUCACGAAAUUGAGUAUGGCGCUGGGAUCCACGCAAGUAAACAUCGGACAAAUCAUUGCUCAAAACUCUAUUUCAGGUGGUGGUGGUGUUAUCGGGUAUGUAGAUCAAUUUCUUCAAGUUAUCAAGUAUUCCCGGCUUGGUAAAUGUGAAAUAAAUCUUUGUUUUCGGUGAUAGCAACUGGACAUGAUUUGACGAAUGAAAAUAAUUGAAUUGAAAUACGCGAUGCAUAUUUAAACACUUUUCAUUCCCAUAUCUUCAUAUUUUUGAAAAAAAAUGACAACCGCUUUCAUACAUAGAAUAAUCUUGCCACCUGUCGAUUUAUCAUCGUGAAACUGACAGGCGGCUAUGAUGUGUCCCUGUAAGAAAAAAAUGUCAAACGUUGGCUAAUCGUCCAAAUUCAAAAUCAAAUAAAUCAGCAAUCUGACGGACAGAACAAAGCAGAGUGAAUCAAACAAUAAUUUAUAUCAUCUAUACAGCUCAUUUCACAUCUUAUUGUUUACAAAUUGAAACACUUGAAUUUGCCAUGUUUAUUACGCUUUCAUUGCGAAUAUCUUUAAAUAUGCUUACCGACAUUAAGACACUCGUUGGAUCAUAUUGAUUUGAAGCAGCCUUUUUUACUGCAUGAUUUCCAAAUCCAUUUUGUAACUUUGUAAUCUCGACACAAGGCUCGAUUAAUCAUAUGAAUACAUUUGACAUCCGUAAUGACGCAUUUAUCGGUUUCCAUCGACUAACAAUUAAACCUCACUCAUUUCACAAAUAUAUAAGGCAGCAAAAUAGCGCUAGAAUGACUUUACUUCCUCUACAUACCACCAUUUUCUUCAGGUAAUAUAGAAAAUCACAGCCCAAAAAAAAGGAAUGCAUUGCAUGAUUGCGGUGACUAUGUCCAAUGUACAAUUUCUCGAAAUAUUUCCAUUCUCACGUAUAUAUUCUUCCUGAUCUUAACACUAAAAUUUUAAAUUUUUAAGCAAAAUUUUCAAAGCAAGUAUGAGCAAUAGACCGGUAAAAAUAUUGACUUUAUUCGAAGUCAAUUCGAAUGAAAAUUAGUUUCAGGAACUUCAUCUCGCAAACGAUCCGCUUGCAGGACUACUAGUUUAUUCACUCGGAUAUUAAAGUUGUCAAAAUUCAACCUACCAUUUCAAGAAUCAAAAAUAUGCCAAUUUCAUUUCAUGCAAUAAAGUAAUAUCAGAAUUGAUGUUUAGUCAACAAGAAACAAAAUGGUAGAAGACUGCCAAUGGAUCGAAUGUUACUACGCGAAGAAUUGCUUAAAUCCGAAAGGUUCUCUUUAAAAAAACUUUGCAAGAGCAAAAUUCGAUUAUGUUGUCAUGAAUAAAGAAAUCUGAACUACAUUCAAAAUUAGUAAUGCUUUUUUUAUUUUGUUUUUGAACACAAACAAACAUCGUCAGUGACAGAUCUUGAAAUGACGAAAUGAACUUGCAUUUGGCAAGAUAAUUGUAGAGCAAGCUUACAUUCGAUUGAGUGAUGUUCGAACAAAAGUCAGUAUUUUCCGGUCUGAAGUACAAUCAACUUUUCGAUUACGCUUGUUUCUUAUUAUCAAUAAUAACCUGUUUGAUUGAUUCAUUGUUUGUUAAUAACUUUGAUCUGUUUCCCCUUCUAUAGGUCUUUCAGAGACUAGUGAUUUCUUUUGAAAACGAUACAGCCCAACUUAACCGGGUUUGCCCACAUUGCCCGUACGCGUAAGUCGGUAUAGAAAUUUUGAUAACUGAAGUGGAUAAAUUGCAAAAACUCAAUUUCGCUUGAUACGGGAAUUUUCACAUUCGAUUUCUAAUAACCUUUUAUAAUAGACGAAAAUUGGUCUACGAACAAACUAACGGGAACAUUAAAAUUAUUAUAGUUAAAACAUAUAUUAAAAAAUAGCAGGUAUUCUAAACUAACAAAUUAAGACACCACUUUCUAAACCUUUCACCAUGUUGUAUUUUUUAAUAACUCUCACGACAAAAGUUAAACUUUUUGAUCACUUUCACUCGUAUUUUAAUAAACAAAUCAUUUUUCCAUUAGUUCUGUGAUAAAACAGAUUCCACUCUAUUCAAGGUUUUGACUAAUAUUGAAGUAGGAAAAAUGAAGAUAUAUUUACACCAAUUAGUAUAAUUAUAAUCGCGCACCAAGACAGAGAGAAACAAUGGCAUGUAUAUUGUGUCCUGCAAUUGUGAGAAUGCAUUUCCGAUAACCCAGGGGCGGAUUUACGGGAGGUCGAGGUCCUAAGCUACUAAAUUUUCUGUAUCCCAAAAUGAUUCCCAAUCGAAAUGAUGGGGGGUAUUAUGAUUAGUCACUAGAUAUUUAUUCAAUGAUGCAUUUAGCUGCCAAUAGGGUCUUCAUAAGCUCACGUAUGUCCUGCUUAUCCCGAACUGUAAAUCCGGCCCAGCAAUCACCUUUCAUCGCUAGUUAUAAACAUUUCACUAUUUUCAAGCUAAUCAUAUAUGUGUCUAUUGCUACAUUUCCUAGGAAAAAGAAUUUUUCGCAUAUUUCUCGGAUGAUAUUGGAAGUAAGCUGCUUUUAAAAAGCAUUCCACCACAAAGACAUAUUUAUAUAAAAAAUCACAAUAUAACCAAUUACAUCCUAUCAUACCUUGUAACCGGAAGGUAAAGUUACCCACAGAGCUCAGCUGAAAUUUGCCAGUUCAAUUCACUGAAAUAGUUUCAAACACUUGUGAACUCAUCACAAACCAGCUGUCGGUCAUCUCUCCCAUGAUCAAACUAGUCUUGAGCAUACUGUAGAACUUGCAUAAUCCGAAAUUACAUUGCAGAGAAAAGAACAUCAUGUAAACGCCAGUGUCUUACAUAUUUUAUUACAUUUUCAAAUAAAGGCUGUUAAGAAAUG